AUGGAGUGUCAAAUGCUGUUCAAAAUUCUAGAUUCAACGAACGAUACUAAAAGACGGGUACAAGACGUGAUGAUCAAGUUGAAGCAAUUUCCUCUAUAUCGGAUGAUUCAUAUUGCAAUCGCUUGCGAUCGUAUGGAUCUCUUCACAGAUGACAGUAUUGAACAUUUCGACAACACUGAUAUCUCAUUCAAAAGGUAAGG